AUGGGAUUAUUGGGAAAGUUGGUAAAGUUCCUGUUGGGACCUUGCUUAAAGCCCACAACCACAGGCGGCGACUCUGAAUCAGUUGGGCCUUACGGCGUCUCCGCUGCCACAGUUGGCGUUUCGGCUUUUGCCCACGACCUCUUCAACUUUGAGAUCACCUCUCAGAUCCCAGAAGGACUCAGUCAGCAUGUUCUUUCAUCCAAGAAGGCUCAAGCCAACUGGUAUAGAAAACUAGUUGAGGCAUGGAGAGAAGCACAACCACCGCCAAGAACAGCCGAAGAAGCAGCUAGGCUUGUUAUACAAACCCUGAACAGACAGCGAAAGGCAGAUGUUGAGGGCUUAUUGGCUUUCUAUGGUCUCCCUCUUCCCCAUACUCCGGUCCAAGUCCCUGCUGAAGUCCCAACUUCAUUGCCUCAAGGAGUAAAGUUUGAGUUCCAGACACUACCGGUUGAUGCAAAAGCAGUUGCAGAUGGCGAUGGACUGACAGUCUAUGUCAGCACAGCAGAUCCUACGGAGUCAUCCCGUGUUCCGAGUGAAGUGCUAAUGGCGGCUGUCCGAAGAGCAAAAGCACGCGCCAAGAAGAAUUACACAAGAGCAAAUGAACUUCACAAAAAGAUAAUUGAUGCUGGAUAUCGGGUACUAAAUAUUCAAAAUGAGGAAAUCCUUGCCCGAAAGUGUCGGAUUCGACUGAGGGGUAUAGAUGCACCGGAGAAUGCAAUGCCCUAUGGACAAGAAGCCAAACAGGAGCUGGUUAGGCUUCUUAAGGGAAAGUGUUUGAGGGUCCUCGUCUAUGGGGAAGAUCAAUUUCACCGCACUGUAGCUGACUUACAUUGCGAUGGCAUAUUUGUACAGGAAGAACUGCUCAAGAAGGGGGCUGCAUGGCAUUACGCAGCCUAUGACCAACGUCCGGAAUUUGCCAGAUGGGAAAAAGAGGCUCGACGGAGGCGAGUCGGGUUAUGGGCUUCAUCAAACCCUGAGAAGCCAUGGGAAUGGAGAAAGCAGAGGCGCUGA